CUAAUAUUAGCACCACCUUCACACCUGGGAACCCGGGCUUUACGGCAUCCCACUUAACCCGAACUGUUCUUUGAACCUGGACGCGGAAUUGAACCCUUGAAACCGAACACGUGAGCCGUCCCUUUCCCGAUUGGUGAAAAUCCUUCAAUGUAAGGUGCGGUGGGUCUUUUAUCGAUGCUGAACUGGCAUGAUUACGACAACUCUUUUCUAGGUGGAUUCUUCAGUGCCUGCCUCCAAAGAACAAUACUGUACGGAUUACUGAGCAGAAAGAAGAACAUCAACGGAAUAACGGAGUCACGCGGAGUUAAAAACUGCGCGCGGCUCAAGCCGACAGAAUCUCAUACCCACAUCUUUUCGUACCAGGUUUCAUUGACCCAAGGAUCACAGUCAGUUACUGAGAUUACUUAUCCACAGUUCAGUUGGAGGCACUAGACUACGUACUAUUUAGUUUAUCUAGUUGGUUCGUGGUUUGUGGUUGUGGUUUGUGGUUAGCGGGCCGUGUCAUCGUGAAGUCAUGAUUAGAUACUACUUGCAGAUACGCUAACUAUACUCUACUACAAUAUAAUAUACUAUAGC